UGGCAGGUGUCAGCGGGGCGUCUGCGCCGUGCGUAUACCGCGAGUCACGACCACGUUGGUAGUCCGGCGUCAAACUCGCCGGUGUCAGGUUCAUAUUUCAGUGACGGUCAGACCGGCGUCGGUCCCGCCAAACGUGCGAGAUUAUAUUUUUCACGAGAAUAGUAUAAUUCGCUGCGACACGGUAGUGGUUUUUUUUGUGUUUUUUCCCACGCACCGUUUUAUCAAUUUUUUUUCGUACGAUAUUUUUGCGCCUUUGUUGUUGGAUUUAGCGGAUAAUAACGACAAUAAUAAAUUAUAUUAUAUAUAACACGCCGCAUAUAACUUACAGUCGAAUUACCAAUCUCAAAAAACCUCUGAACUCGAGUACCUACGUUAAUAGUAACAAUAAUCAUAUCCAUAUUAUGUUGUGCGUCGGUACGCGUCUACCGGUCGGAUGUCUGUUUGCAUUGUGAUAACGUCACCGAAACUACGAGCGAGGCUGUUUGGGUUUUUCAAAAUACUCAACACUCGUCUUAGUCUGUAAGAGACUACAGCUACACACACGCCCGCCACACAGGUCUGAGUCUAGCUGAGCAGUCGCAGUCGGAGCAACAAGUGCCGCUGGUGCGGUAGUCGACGGAAUAAUAUUAAAAUAUUAUUAUAAUUUACUGGAAACAACUGGCACGACGACAACAGGCAACCGCUGCGCGAGCGUCGCCAACAUCGCCGAGACCACCAUACACCCGGAAAUGGCGCUGAUCGUGCCGGAAGAAUCGCAACGGCCGUACCGGUUUGGCAUGACGCUGGUGUGCAUCGGCGCCCUGUUCAACUGGCUCGGGCUGGCCGACCACCACACGAAACCAGUGCCGGCUGUCCGGUACAUAGGAGUCGGCCUGGUCGCUUCGGGUGCAGUUCUUAUAUGCAUGGCUAUGUGCUUCUGGAUGAACAGCGUACGCGACGACGAAGACGACGAGUCGAUAGACCACAUCCACGUGAUAUCACUGGACCCACCUGUGCGGUUGGACGAGAAGCCGCCGGACUACGCUUCGGUGGUGGACGUGCCGCCGCCCAGUUACGAUGACGCGAUCAAGUUGGACCCGCAGCGACUGAUGGACAGCAGUGGGCACCGGGCGGCGAGGGACACAUGUUCCAUAACCGUGGUUCCGCCAGACGAGUGCGACAACAAAACGUCGUCCGCUAACGAGGUCGCGGUGCCGGUCGUCGAUACUACAACUGCAUCGCAGCCGACGACCAAGCUGGCGCAGGCCAUCCGAAAGAGCAUACGCGACAUACGCAAGCAACUGACGAACACGGUGAGCGACGGGGCGGUGGACGUGGAACAACAGCAACAGAGCGGUUCCGCGGUCGUCCAUGGCAGUGACGCCGCCUCGGCCGCUCUCCGCAAGUCCGACGCUCAGACCGUGGCCACCAACGCGGCAACAACCGACUAGCGUGCAAUAAUGUUAUUAUCGAUGUAUUGAUAUUAUAUUAUAUUUUAUUGCAAUACAUCGUUAAUGAUGUUAUAUUGUUGCUGCUGUAUUGUUGCGGUCCGUGCGCGGACGCGUUUUCUUUCACAAGACUGAAAUCACAAAACUUUAUAUUAUAUUAUUAUAAUAAUGAUUAGGUACGAUUUAAUAUAUUAUAUGAUACAUUUAAACUUAUUAUAAUAUUAUUAUUAGAUAUAAGGUCUAUAUUUUGUCAGUUGGUUUGCACGCGCUUCGUGUUUUUCGAUUGGUACCAUUAUAUUGUUCUGUGCUACUGCAGUGCUGCAAUGUUACCCGAAAGCGUCGUGAUUUACCCAACAUUUAUUGUUAAAAUAUUAUUAUUAUUGUCAUUGUUAUUAUAACCUACCUAUCAUUGUCGCCCAGUAAGUUGUAAUAUUGGGAAGUCGAGAGUAACGCCUACGAAAUCGUCGAUUCCUGUAUAAUUAUAUUAAAAUAUUGUUCCGUCGACGAGUUCAAAAUACAUUUGUGUUACUAAUUAAUAUAAUACACCUAACAUGAAUAAAUUAAAAAAUAUUUAACGUUCACGUCAUA